GUCUUGGAACAAGACGAAGACUUUCUGACGCUAUCGGCUGAUCAGUUGCAGCAACUUGUCUCUAGCGACAAACUCUGCGUCUCCGAGGAACAGGUUUUGGAUGCCGUACUCCGUUGGUUACGCCACGAUCCUGUUGGCCGGCAGGCUGAGGCGCCUCGGCUCUGUUCUCGUGUUCGAUUCGCGUUGCUGCCACGCGACUGCCUGCUUCAUUUGAGCCGAAGCGAAGAGUUUCUGACCGAGCAACCUUGGUGCAAGGAUUUCCUGAUCGAAGCUCUGACCUACCAUCUGCUUCCCUGGGAGGAGCGACGACGUAUCGGCUCCGAUCGCGUCAAGCCAAGAGCUCCUGUUGGAAGGCCUAAGCUUAAAAAAUAA